ACACCAGGGAGUGGAGUAACCCACAGGUUAUCAUACUGACUGCAGGACUGCAUUCUCUAGUAGCUUUCAAGAAUCUAUAUAAAACGGCAGUCUCAUUUAGCCGCCAUGCGUAAAGGCUGUGUUCUUCUAAUUUGGCUAAGUAGUCUUGUUUCCUUUUUGAUUGCGCUGAAGGUACCGCAUCCAGUGGUAAAUGUCAGGGGAAGGGAGGUAUCCAUAAUUCUACCCGGGGAGCUGGAAGGGAUCGAGUCACUGUUCUUUCAAGCCGAGUUGGUUGACGGAGAGUGCGAUAACAAUGCAUACUCGUUCGCAAACAAAAGCCCAUGGAGUGUGAAGAUUGAGAUGCGAAAUUCCAUCGAACCCAAUGCCAAACUAAGAAUUCAAACUGUGGUGGAGACGAAAAAUAAGAUUGCAAGUCAGUUUUCGGUGUACAACAUCAACGAUAAGGGAAUUGGCGAGUUACUUGAUGGACCUAGUUUAAGCUCGAGUACUGAUCUGAGUGAUAUGAUUGCAAAAUGCAAGCCUGUUAAGAAGAGUCCUGCAGAAACGUUAUCAGAGUGUUCCCAUAGGAGCGGCUUCUCCGGCGGUGACCUACUCUUCGAAGACAACUUCAACAACGAUCAGAAGCUCACGGAUAACUGGAAACACGAGGUAAGGUAUCGUAAUACCGGCGGGAAGAACCAGGAGUUCGUUGCCUUCGUGGACGAUCCUAACAAUUCGAAUGUAACGAACAACAAAUUGCACAUAUCAAUUACCAAAGAUGAGAGAGAUAAGAUUCUUCUGGGCUGCACCAGCAAAAAGGAGGGUCUAGCUAAGAGAAAGGAGUGUGGACGGAGCUCGGGAAGAUCGAAACGGGAGCCUUGGGUCUCCAAGACCUUCAGAUCCGCCAAUAUGCACACAAACUUUACCUUCAAAUACGGACGAGUUGAGAUCAGAGCUAAAAUGCCUACGGGUGAUUGGUUAUUCCCCAACAUUCUUCUGGUGCCGAAUAUUGAAAAGUCUGACGAUGAUUUUGUGGAUCAUAUUCGCUUGUACGUCAGAGGCAAUUCAGUUCUGCAGGACAAACACCAAUCCUCCCUAGCCGGAACUUCUCUGUUUGGAGGGAUUGUGGUGUGGAACAAAACAGGAUCCGAACCGAAUCCAAGUGAGCAUUUCGUCAUCAGGAACGAAGAGUAUUAUUAUGGGGACGGAUUUCACGACUACACUAUUAUCUGGCAGGCUGAUAAAAUUAUCUUCAAGUUUAAUGGCGAGUUCUUUGGCGCAGUACACAAUGCGACACUUCUGGAACCAUUCCAAAAACAUGAGUGCCAUCUAGUCCUGGGCCUCACCGCUGGCGGAAAUGUAAAUUUCAAUGACGAUAUUCUGGAUAUGCAACACAAGCCCUUUUCAAACACCCAUCCCAAAGCGGACAAACAAUUCGAGGAACUGGCUAGAAACUGGAACUGGACACCACUGGUGGUCGACCAUAUCCGGGUGUACGCCAUUGACAAGGAGGGAAAUUAACAAAAACAUAUUUUCUUUAAAGUUGUGAAAUAUGACAUAAGGGCAUUUGAUAUUGCAUUAAGCAAUUCUAUCUUAAAGUCCUAUUUAAAUUGUCCUAUGAAACCACUUUCUAGUUUUUUUGAUAUUAAUUGAUUUAAGAUUCCCAUUAACUGCUUUUAUCUUAUACGAAAGGUUACUAGUAAUUUUUAUCCGAAAUAAGACCAGCGGUUAAUCACCAAAGUGCCAUUUGUUUAGAAAACAUUGGUGACUGAUUUAAGAGUGUACUUUUAUGGCAGAAUAAACUACGAAAAUGAUUGUUAGCAGUGACUAAAA